GAAAAGGAAAGGUCCCCGUGAAGGCAGCGGUGGCCUCUCCCGGCGCCUAUCGUUUCCGGGGCCCCUCCUUCCUUCCCCUCCUCUCCCUCGCUCCCAACCUCCUCACUCGCCUCGCGGCUCGCGCUGCUGGAAGCCUUGCUGGACUUGAGCUCUUUCCUACCGCUGCUUCCCUCCAGAUAUAAACCCUAUCCCCGCCUCGCUUCUGUGGGGGUCGCCGGCGAGGAAGCGCAGCAGCUGAAGAUGGCGACCGCCGUGGCGUCGCAGCCGCGGCACCUCCCCCUCGGCGCCGGCGGCGACCCGAGGACAACCAUGUGCGCUGCCAGCACAUCAAAGAUUUACACCCUGGAGAAAGUAUAUGGAUUCAGGUUGGUAUGCAGAAGUGUUGUUGAUCCAAGGAGUCAAAAACUCCAUCCGCGCAUUUACAAGCGAAAGUGCUAUUUAAGAAGUUCACCAUCAGAAUGUGAGAAGAUUGUUUACAGUGCUAGAUGGUUAGAAUUUAGGCGACAGAGGAUACCCUUUCAAAGAAGUAGAAGGCCAGUCCAUAAUAUUCCGUUGGCUUCUCAAGAUGAUGGCAAUGGUGUGUCUGUUAAUGGAGCUCCACAAGUUGAUCCAGCAAGUCAAAUGGAGGAAAUGAGGGUGAAAUUGGAUAAAGCAUUGCAAAAUGAAGAUAUAAGCACCGGACUUGUCCAAUCCAUACAUGAUGCUGCAAGAUCUAUUGAAUUGGCUUUCCUUGAUCACAGUAAAUCAUCAAAUAACUCUUGGUUCCCUAAGACAUGGCUUGGUGUAGACAACAAUGCUUGGAUAAAAUCACUGUCCUACCAGGCUGCUGUUGGCUCAUUAUUGCAAGCAGUUAUCGAUGUUUCAUCGAGGGGCAAUGGCAGAGACAGAGAUAUUAAUGUAUUUGUACAGAGGAGUUUAUCCCGGCUUCUCAGUUCUCUAGAUGGUGUUAUCCAGAAUGAGUUGGCUAAAAGGGAACCUACAUUAUAUCAAUGGUAUUCAUCUAACCAAAAUCCAUUGGUGGUGAGGACAUUUGUAAAUACUUUUGAAAAUGAUCCACGGUUUAACUCUGCAACAGCAAUAUGCUGUGAAGGCAAGUCAGCAAAUACUAGUGAAAGUGACCUUUCUCUACUUACGCUAGGUUUGUUCUGUCUUGCUGCUAUCACGAAGCUUGGAUCAGCAAAAGUUUCUUGUCAGCAGUUUUUCUCCAUGGUUCCUGAUAUUAUUGGUCGAUUCAUGGAUAUGCUUCUUGAAUUUGUUCCUAUAAGUAAAGCAUAUACCUUGAUGAAAGAUAUUGGUCUUCAGAGAGAAUUCUUGUGCAAUUUUGGUCCUCGUGCCGCUGUUCCAAAGUUCACUAAUGAUCAUGGACUUGAGAUAUCAUUUUGGAUUGAUCUGGUUCAGAAACAAUUACUAAAGGCUCUUGAUCGUGAAAAGAUAUGGUCAAGACUGACAACAAGUGAAAGUAUUGAGGUUUUGGAAAAGGAUCUAGCGAUAUUUGGUUUUUUCAUUGCUUUAGGCAGAAGUACACAAGUAUAUUUGUCUUCCAAGCGAAUUACUGAUUCAAAUGAUUCAAUCAAUGGUGUUGUAAGAUAUCUUAUUGGUGGGAGUGUCCUAUAUUAUCCACAAUUGUCAUCGAUUAGUUCUUAUCAGUUGUAUGUGGAGGUUGUCUGUGAAGAGCUUGAGUGGUUUCCAUUUUACUAUGAGGAUGUGCCAACUCCAACAACUGAUACUGAAGAUAGAGAAGAAAUGCCUAAAGCAGAGGUAUUAUCAAGAGUGCUAAAUGUCUGCUCUUACUGGAUGACUAGUUUUAUAAAGUACAGCUCAUGGCUUGAGAACCCUUCAAAUGUAAAGGCAGCAAGAUUCCUGUCUAAGGGGCAUGCCAUGUUGAGCGACCGCAUGAAUGAGCUGGAUGUAGCAAAAAAUAAUAUGCCAAAAGACCGAAGUUUGCCAGAACCUGAAGAAUUGGUUUCUGGGACAGAGCUAGCUUCAUUUGACAAGUUUCAAUUAUUGCAGUCACUUGAAAGUGUUGAGGAAGCUUUGGUUAAGUUAGAGAAUUUGCUUCAAGAACUGCAUCUUUCCAGUUCUAACUCUGGCAAGGAGGAUCUAAAGGCUGCAUGUUCUGAUCUGGAAAUGAUCAGAAGGCUCAAGAAAGAAGCUGAGUUUCUUGAGGCUUCCUUUCGAGCAAAAGCAGAAUAUCUGGAGGCUGAUGCUAGUGGCAGACUGUUAUCCCCUGCUGGCGAGGAAGGGCGUGGAAAGGCAAGUAGCAAGGGUACUGAGACUUCGACGCCACAAAAAUCAGUAACUAGGAUGGAGAAUAAAAACCGUCCAUUUUGGGACUUUUUUGGUAGGACUUCUGGAAGGAAAAUGGAGCCAGCACAAGCUGCAGAUCAAGAUAUCUCUGCUGCCAAGGUGGAUAACAGAGACAAGGAGUCAAAUGACAUCCUCCGCUUUGAACAGUUGAGACGUGAGCUGAUUGAGUUAGAGAAGAGAGUGCAGAAGAGUGCAGAUGAUGCUAAAAAAGAGGAGUUCCAGGAAACAACAAAUGGCUCUGUGCCAUCACCUCUUCUGUCAGUGCCUUCUGGUCCAGCAAGCAAGAAAGACAAUGUUAUUACCAAAUCAGUAGAGAAGGUUAAGGAGAGUACAACGAUUGUGUUACAAGGGACACAGCUCUUAGCAAUUGAUACAGGAGCUGCUAUGGAUUUGCUAAGAAGAUCUCUUAUUGGAGAUGAACUAACUCAGAAGGAAAAGCAGGCUCUUCAGAGAACCCUUACAGAUCUGGCAUCUGUUGUUCCAAUAGGAAUACUCAUGCUUUUACCAGUUACUGCUGUUGGGCAUGCUGCCAUUUUGGCUUUCAUCCAGAGAUAUGUGCCUUCCAUGAUCCCAUCCACAUAUGGCCCGGAGAGGUUAGAUCUUCUCAGGCAGCUUGAGAAAGUGAAGGAGAUGGAAGUUGCUGAAGGCAGCAGCGAAGUUAUGUCUGAGGUAGUUAGUUCGAGAGGUGACCGGGUGAAAUAAGCUGACCGUGUACAGAUGGACACAAGUAUAGUUCUGAUUGUCUUUUAUGUAAAGAUGUUUUUGAACAAGAGACAGGAGGAGUUCAGUUCAUUUCUACUCCCAAAAGAUUUGUUCACCGGCAUGCUGAUGGAAGUAGAGCGACAAAAGUUACGACAGACAUAACCAAACAUCGCAUGGUAUACGUUGAAGGAUGAUCCUGUUGAAGGAUGAUCCUUCGAGAAGUCGCGCUUUUGUAGAUCUUGUUCAUACAGUACUUCAUAGCUACAGGGGUGUUGUGUACCCACACAACAUAGAGGAUCCAUGUCCAAGUUCCUCUUGGAUAAUAUCUUUUUAGGUUAGAGAUUUUGAUAGUGGAUUGGAUAUCUAGCUAGAUAUUGGUGCAUCACCUGUUCUUAUGUAAUCCUAUUUUAUAUAUCUCCCUUUCCGUUUGUGGAAAACUGUUAUCCUGUAACCUAAUGCGGGCUCAAGUUCUAAGCUUGGGUAUCUUAUGAGUUGUUUAUCCUGAGCAUUGAGCAA